AUCUGUCAACCGCACGCGCUUAACCGAACCUUUCAGGGAAAUAGAUGACCUUGUACUUCACGAACGUACCGAAGCCUCGACGGUUGGCGUUCUUUCGGUCUUCGUGACUGCUCAAAGUCGACUGGGUGCACGCUGGAGCUGCUCGGUUUCGUUUAUUUUAGCUUAGCCUAGCUUAGUUUAGCUGGUUCGCAGCAAUCGCUCAGCAGUGAUUCAAUGUUGUGAUUGACGUGUGAAAAUGCGCGCAAGAAGUACAGCAGAGUACGAGGAGCAACUUGGUGGAACGAAAGACGACAGCGAGAAGCCACCACGCAACGCAGACUUCAAUAACGAUCUUGGUCCUGGGCGGCAGGACACUCCUUCCAUGAAAGAGGAAGUGGCUGAGGAAGACCCCGCCCACAACGACGAUGUGGAGGAGCCAGAGCCGCCUCACGUCAAAGAGGAGGAAGAAGAGAUGCCAAGCAUGAAAGAGGAGGCAGAGGAGGAAAUCAUCAAAGUUCCGUUGACUGGUGACUUUCUGAAGAGUGAAGAUGAAAAUGAAGGGUCAAGUGAGGCAAGCGGAAGGGCGGAGCCUCCCAGCAGCAACAGCUUAAGUCAACACACAGCAAAAGAAGGUGACGGACCAUCACCAGCAGACAGCUUCUUCGCGCCAAUGUCUGAUAGUGACGACACAAUGUCACACUCUCCUCAAAUUGAUGAAGGUGAUGAUGAUGAUGAUGAUGAUGAGGGGGAGGAGUCUGAAGGUGACAUGAGAUGUCAUACUGAAGACAAACGCUGGAAAUGUUCCCGGUGUGACAAAACCUUUGGCUACAAGUCCAGUUUGAAAAGGCAUCUGAUGAUACACACGGGAGAGAAACAUUUUGCCUGCUCGCUUUGUUGUAAAAGAUUUUCUCAGAGGGGAAACUUAACAAAACACACAAGAACCCACACUGGGGAGAAACCGUUUGCCUGCUCAAAUUGUGAGAAAAGGUUCUUCACAAGGGAAAACUUAACCAAACACACAAGAACUCACACGGGUGAGAAACCGUUUGCCUGCUCAGUUUGCGGAAAACGAUUCUCACAGAAGGGAGACUUAACAAAUCACACGAGGACACACACUGGCGAUAAACCUUUUGCCUGCACCGUGUGUGGUAAAAGCUUCUCUCAGAAGGGACAUUUAAACAUUCACACAAGAAUACAUACUAACGAGAAACCUUUUGCCUGCUCAGUUUGUGCCCAAAGAUUCACUACGAAGGGCUAUCUCAACAUUCACGCAAGAUCACACACUGAGGAGAAACCGUUUGCCUGUUCCGAUUGUGGUCGACGAUUCUUUCAGAAGGGAAGCUUAACAAAACACAGCAGAACACACAAUAGAGGGGAACUGUUUUCCUGCUCAGUGUGCGAUAAAAAAUUCUCUCAUAACGUCUCCUUGAAAAUACACAUCAGGACACACACCGGUGAGGCACCUUUUUGCUGCUCGGUUUGCGGUCGACGCUUCUCAGAGAAAGCAAGAUUAAGAAGUCACAUAAAGACACACACUCGGGAGAAACCUUUUGCCUGCUCACUUUGUGGUCAUAGAUUCUCUCAUAAGGGAACUUUAAUAUAUCACACAAGAACACACACAGGUGAGAAACCUUUUGUCUGCUCAGUGUGUGGCAGAAGCUUCCCGAAAAAGGCAAAUUUAAGUGCGCACACAAGAACCCAUACUGGAGAGAAACCUUUUCCUUGCUCAGUCUGUGGCAAAAGAUUCUCACGGAAAGACGUGCUCAAGAGACACAAGUGUGCUGGCGAGAGUAGCAAUGAGCACUGAAGCUUUCACGUCUCAUCUGAGCAGGCUUCUUCAAUUUGGUGCACCAAGGCUGGUUGAAUUCCAAGAACUUCAUUAAGGCCUACGCAUGAGCACUUGUCGCAAUUCGUCUGCUCUGUUCAUUUUUUUUUUUGAUGUGCAUACCAAAUAAAACAUUGAUUAAAAUGAGCCA